CCUCGACCCAUGCCCAUCAUCCGCCAUGUCUUCACCGCUCUGCGCAUCAUAACCAAGCCUUCUGUGUUAGUACCUAACCUCGCUGUCAAAUCUGUUGCCAACAUCAACUUUGCGAAUUUGAGAGAGGCGGGGUAUGAGGGCGUUGUCAUUGACAGAGAUAACUGUUUGACGAAACCAAGACAAGAUGUUCUCGUGCCGUCCUUGAAGGAUGCGUGGUCAUCUUGCCUCGAGUCAUUUCCCCCAUCUCGCGUUCUCAUAGUCAGCAACUCUGCCGGCACGUCAAAGGAUGCUUCCUUCCUCCAGGCGGAAGCGCUGACACGCAACCUCGGUGUGCCGGUGAUGCUGCACGAAGCUCCUAAACCGUGGGUCAAGCGCCCGCCUACGCCGUCCGCAGAGGGUGUAAGCACUGAUACCAAACCUGUUCAACCACGAAAAGUACCCACGCCCCGGCUGGUCGUGAUCGGUGACCGCCUUUCAACAGAUAUCGUCCUCGGAGCUCGCCUUCCCAAGUCGUUCAGCAUAUGGACAACCCAAGUGUGGGAAGAAGAAAGUGCGGGCGUGCGAAUCGUACGAUUAGUGGAAGGCAGCGUGUUGAGCGCUGUGAAAGGCUGGAGGGGUUGGAGACGAAAACGGAGAGGUUUGGAGCCUGAGGGUGAACCCAAGGAGUUCGUUAUAGAUGUGCCUGUUGCACCUCAACCGGAAAAGAAGAGCAUGGUGGAAUUCUGUCCUAUCUCGAGUUCGAAGUAAUUUGCCAAAAACUGCAGAAUAAUAAGCUCGAUUGUUGCCUC